AUGCCCUCGCCGCAAGCCAGUGCCUCGACCAGGCUCGUCUGCCCCAUCUGCAGCGACGAAAUGGUCACGCUGCUGCAGCUUAACAGACACCUCGACGACACGCACCAGAACCUGGUUGUCGAAGAGCAGGACGAGGUCAAGAAUUGGUUCGAGGCGCAGAUGCACAAGGCCAAGAAGUUCCAGCCCCUCGCCGUCCUCAACCAGAAACUUAAAGGCCUCGAUGUCUUCGAGUCCAACGACGCCCCCCAUACCCCUCACCACGCCUCCCACUCGGCCUCCAGCUCCGCCGCCCAUGCUGCCGCCUACGAGCCCGCCCCCGUCCGCCGAGACCCAGACGAAGACGUUACCCGCGCGCACUGGCAGAGACCCGCAUACCGCGAUGUCUGCGCAGACCCCCUUUGCGCCCGCCCCAUCACCGCCUCGCCAAUGACCCUCGGCGGAGGUCAGCCCGCCGUUAACUGCAGGCAGUGUGGUAGACUGUUUUGCGAGGAGCACACCAUGUACCAGAUGAAAUUGUCACGGCAGGCCAAACAUGACCCUGUGCGAGGUAUCUGGUGCCGUGUCUGCGAGACGUGCUACAAGUCAAGAGCCGGAUACAACGAUCACCGCGGCCUGGAGCGCAAUCAUUUUGAUGAGUUCGCAAAGAUCAGACAAAAACACAUAGACAGGGAACGCAUGGAAGUCAGCCGUCUGGAGAAGCGCCUGACCAAGCUCACACAGCUCCUCGCAAACCCACCGCACGUAGACGACACACCCGCCUCAGGCAGCUGGUUCUCGCUACCCAGCGCCAAGAAUCAGCGCAAGUCUCUCGAGCAGUCCAUCAUCACCUGGGAAGAAGAUGCAAAAGUCUCGAACUGCCCCUUUUGCCAGCAGGAGUUUUCAACUUAUACAUUUAGGCGAUCGCACUGUCGCAUGUGUGGGCGUGUCGUCUGUAGCGAUCCCAAGACUGCGUGUUCGACACAAGUUGGCCUGAAUGUUGCUCUGUCUAGUUCUCAAAACACAGAAAAAGAGGCAGGGCAGGUUAGCGUUGAUGUGCGCAUGUGCAAGGACUGUCAACACACUCUGUUUGCUAGAAGCGACUUUGAGCGAGAACUUGCGAACAAGCCCAAGGAUCAGCGCGCAUAUGAGAACCUUGCCCAGUUCGAAAGGGGGAUUCGGCUGCUUCUCCCUCGUUUCCAUAAGCUUCUGCAAGCGCUGCAGGAUCCAGACAAGUCGCCCACACCUCAACAACUGACCGAUGCCACAAAGGUCCGCAAAAGGCUUAUGGACGGAUUUGCUCAGUUUGAUGUUGCUGCCAAACGGAUACGCGACCUGCCGACCGACUCGCCCACGCAGCGAAAACUACAAAAGGCCGUAUACCAACAAGCCUACAGCUUCCUAAGCCUGCACAUGCUACCCCUGAGGUCGCUUCCCAAGAUUCUCAAACACGCUGCUCCUCAAGGACGUCCAAACGGAGGCAGCGCUUUGGCCUCGAUCAAGUACAACGACCGCUCUACCGGCAGUGUCGUGAGUAGUAGUGAAGUGUCAGCCAUGGAGUCAGAGGAGAAGGAGCUCAGAGAACGACUGAUAGUGCUUGAGGAACAGAAGUUUAUGGUAUCAGAGAUGGUCUCCGACGCUACCAAACAUCGCAGAUUUGACGAAGUGUCAAGUCUUGUGCAGAACCUGGACGAUCUGAACGGGGAGAUUGACCAAAUCAACGGACAACUGGGCCAGCUUGAUUUUGCUGGCGCUUACCAAGCGGGAAUAGCCAACUCCCAACCAGGAUGAGGACAUUUGAACGUACGCAGAUUCAAAUAUUUCUUUUUAGCGAUGAAGGGGUUCGACGUCUAAGAACCAGAGAUCCCUUGUCAUCGAC